AAAUAGAUUAUUAAAUACAGAAAAUACAACACAUUUUCGGCAUUUAUAGAAAAUAUCAAAAAUGUCAGAAGAAACAAUCAUGUCCAUGAAUGAUCAGAAAAUUGAAAUUGAACCACCAGAAUGUUCAGUAGAAGAAAAUAAAUGCAAAAUUGAGGAAGAGGCUGAUGAUAUUGUUGAGUCUGAAGGUGAUGAAUCAUGUAUGGAAAGAUUCAUGAAUUCUGAGGUAACGAUUGAAGAAAAAAUCAAGCAAGAGAUAAUUGAGACUGAUGGAGAUGGUGAAAUACCUUCUGUAUGUAAUAUCUGUAAUAAAACAUUCACUGCAAAACAUCUAUUAGAUCAGCAUGUUUGUGAAGAGACCAUGGAACAACCUUCGAACAUCAAAAAAUCUGAUAAACCAAAACAUAACAAGUUUGCUCUGUCUGAAAAGCGUCCCCAUAAAUGUUUAACUUGCGAUAAGGCAUUUGCAACACCAAGCCUUAUGAAAAAACAUAUGCAUACUCACAAAGGAGAUCGUCCCCAUAAGUGUGAAACAUGUGAUAAAGCAUUCAAGACAGCCAGUACUUUGAAAAAGCACAUGCUUAUUCAUACAGGAGAGCGUCCUCAUAAGUGUGAAAAAUGUGAUAAAGCAUUCAUACAAGUGGGUCACCUGAAAGCACACAUGCUUAUCCACACCGGAGAACUUCCUUACAAAUGUGAAACAUGUGACAAAGCGUUCCGGUCACCGAGUACUUUAAAAGAUCAUAUGCGUACUCAUACUCGAGAACGACCUUAUGAAUGCCAGAUAUGCAAUAAAACAUUUGCACAUUCGAGUGCUAUGAGAUCACACACAAGUAUUCAUUCUGAGGAAUUACCUUACAAAUGCGAAAACUGUAAGAAAGUGUUCCGUGCAUUGAGGAAUUUAAAACAACAUAUGCUUACUCACACUGGAGAACGAGCUUAUGAGUGCAAAAUCUGCAAGAAGUCAUUCGCACGGUCAAAAAACCUUGAAAACCACCUAAAUAUUCAUAAUGGAAAACAUUAUAAAUGUGGAAUAUGCAACAAAGGCUUAAGUUCAUCAUACAGCUUAAAAAUACACACGAGUACUCACAUUGAAUCCGGUUAUACAUGUCACAUAUGUAAGAAGAUCUGCAGAGACUCAAGCCACUUGAAUAAACACAUGCUCGAUCAUAAGAAAGUACGGCCCUACAAAUGUGAAAAAUGCAAUAAAAGAUUCACAACAAAUGGCGGCGUGAGAUUACACAUGGUAAUUCACACGGGUGAACGCCCUUACAAAUGUGAUAUAUGCGAGAGCGCCUUUGGUGUAUUAGCUACCUUAAAACUACACAUGCGUACUCAUACAAAGAAAUAUCCUUAUAAAUGUGAAAAUUGUGAUCGGGCAUAUUCUAGUAAAACUAAUUUGAAGAAUCACAAAUGUAUAAAUAAAGAUAAAGAAUAG